CAGCUGAGCGUUUUUUUUAAAGUCAGCUAUCUUUUGUUGAUCGAGACCGAAUCUGCUGGCUGUCGUUUUUAAGUUAAAUUCCACCCGUUUUAAUAUCUAUAGAACUUUAAUACUACAUUUAAUAGAAACUUAAUCGAGGGUUUUUUACACUUCCGUCACUUACCAGUUAAGCUUGCCCGGACAUGCCUGAACGAUGUGACUUUUAAAUAGAGUUCAUCUCCCCGCUGCCAUUCAUUGGAUGUUUCCAGCAUCCACCAAGCGCACAGCAGGCUUUAUUUACACUGACAAGAGCCGAUGCUUGGAUAACAUGACAGUGCUGAAGACCGAAUCUCCCGCUUUGUCCGUGAUGAAUGAAAAAUUGUGGUUGGAGAAAGCAUGCUCUAACCUGAUUCCCGAAUUACCUUUAUGGAUUAUUGAAUAUGCAUGGAGUAAACGGAUGAUGGAGGUCCUAAUAGUUCUAGGUCCUCCGUUAUGGCUGGAAGGUGAUAUGUGUCUUCUGACUCCUGAAGAGCCUUGCAGAAUCCGUGUGGUGUCCGCAGAAGUCUGGAGGAUCGUGCAAGCCAGAGACUUCAAGCACUUUGAGAGAGUCACCAAGUUUUUGGAUGUUACUUACAUGCUUGUGCCACGACUUGUGACCUCCAUCAGACACAUGAAGAUCGUGUUUGGCCUGCAGACGCUUGUUAUAAUGUGGAUGCUGUGGAACGACGAGAACACCGCUAAGAUCAAUGACAAGAUUGAGAGUUUGUUCCCUAACAGCCUGCCCCAGUAUUACAAAUGUUGCCGCAGGUACCUGGAGCUGAUGCAGAAGAACGUAGAUGAGUUCAAGUCCUUUGCUCGUGGCCUCGCAGGAGACAGGAGCAUGCGCGAGGCUUACAUUCGGGAUUUGAUAGAGGAGCAGUAUGGUGAACGCUAUGCACAGAAACUGGAAGAGAGACUAUCACACUAUCUGGAAGAGCUGAAAAAAGCUUUGCCACAUCCGACACAUAUUGAACAGGUACUGACACACUCACCACCGCAGGGGGCAGGAGAGAAGAUUCUGAAGGAAUUACUUGCACAGAAUAAUGCUUCUCUGUCCAACAUUCUGAAAAGACUUCUAAACUGCGCUUUAACGACACAUCUGAGCUUGGAUGACAGCAUCUCACCAUCACUGACUUCAAACGCGUGUGAGGAACCGAGAGAAGCUGGUGUUUGUAAACAGCAUCAUGGAACCCUGCAUGUUGUUUCCAGACCAUCUCAAGACAGCACGAAGGAAGACCAACUCUCACAAACCAGCUCAAAGGAGUUAUUUGUUUCCCAGGGCUUGUGGCAGAGAAGUCAAACUGUUCCUCAGGAAAGUUCAGCAGAGGUGUGUGGAGAUGGUCGGGUCAUCACAUGCACGCAGAUGUCGGGUGAUCACGCUGGCUGUAGUCCAUCUCUGCUGGAGCAGGAGACUGUACGGAGGGGAAAACAGACAGAGAGUGAAUCAGAAGCAGAAAGAAACCGAGAACGUACAGAGCAGAUGUGCUCCAGACAUGGCAAAAAAAUGAGGAGCAUCCUUCAGGAAUGUUCCGAAGAGCUUGACGGAGAGACCGUCCAGGCAGAAUGCACUCCUACAUCACCCAAAAGCACUCCACCUCUGCUCACACACUCUCAAACGUCAGCGUCUCCACACCAGAACUCCUUGGCCACUGACACAUCUUCGUCAUCGCACCAGGAUUCCUCCUCUACCAACAUUUCAUUGUCCUACAUUCAAGAAGUGUCGACAAAUCAUCAUUCUGCAUCAGCAUCAAAGUCUUCAGAGAACCACGUUACACCUUCACCAACUCCUUCGGUUCUCACUUCACGGCCUUCCUCCCUUCUUCAAUCCUCCUCAUCCCUACAAUCUUUAUCAAAGCAACGUAACACACUGAGAGAGACUAGAGGCGCAACAGAGCAGGUUUUGGCGACCGUUGAUCUCGGUGGACACAAUGUGAAACUUUCUUUAGAGAGUCAGAGCUUCCUCAUGCAGUCUAGGUUGCUUCAGCCUCAGGUGUGUCUUCAUAGACUGAACAUGGAAGAAGGCAGGGAUUCAUCUGGCGACGUUUUAGACGAAGAACAUGAGUCUGAGGGAAUAAAGUACGCUUUUUUCGAUGCAAAUACGUUGUACUCUGAUACAUACUCUGAAUCAGAUUCGGCAGACUCAGAUGACCCUGAUUAUAACCCUAAUGGAAGGUGAAUGCAGACUACACCGGAAAGAUGUAUUUGUAUAAUUUGUUUGAUAUGGAUUCAGACAGAUAUUAAUGUGGGCCACUCGGCAUUCGGGAACGUGUUGCGUAGCACGUUCGCAUGUGCAUCUGUACUUAAAAUCGUCCUGUUAUUUAUAUUGGCAGUAACAUUAUGUUUGAAUAAACAUACCAUAUUGUGUUUUUACCUCAUCUUAAAUGGAGAUUUUACUGAAUUUUUAUCUUAAAUAAAUGUCU